AUGCAACGUGAAAAAGAUAGACUAUAUCAUACAAUUAGUGAAUAUAUAGGAGAUAAUUUUAUUUAUCCUACUGAUCGAAAUAUAAAAUCUAGAAAAGAAUACUUAUGGAAACUAAUUAAUCUUCUUGAAGAAUUAUUUGAAUCUUCAGAUCCAAUUCAACAUGAUUUGCUUAAAAAUACUACUCAAAAUACUAGCGAAGGAUUUAAAAAUCUUUUUAAUUCAAAAAUAGAGAAACGUACAACAAAAGGACAUAGAGCUAGCAAUGUUGUUAUAGAACAUUCUAGCAACUAUAAAAAACAAGAAUCAGAGCGUCCACAAAAAGAGUAA